AAAUUUUCUACCUAAAAUUUCUGGCUCCGCCUUCAACACCUCCGAGCUUUUCUCGUCUCCCACACAACAGAGAGGAAAAUGAGCAGUGGCCUCACUUUAAAUCCGUUAUUCUCGUUUAAAUUUCCGUUGAAAAAUCUCUCUAAUUAUUGUUUUUUCCAACCGGGCAUCUCCAAACUCUACACCAGAAAAAGAAAAUUAUCUAACAUUUCAUGUACUCGUCUUGACGAUUCUCAGAGGACCACAAAUCAACAGCAACUCAACCUCUCUGUUCUUCGAUUCACUCUCGGAAUACCUGGACUGGACGAAUCAUACUUACCCAGAUGGAUUGGAUACGCUUUUGGUUCGCUUCUGCUCUUGAACCAUUUUGUGGGUUCAAAUUCAACCACCACCACACCAGCACAGCUUAGAUCAGAGGCUUUGGGUCUUUCUUUGGCUGCAUUCUCUAUUGUUCUUCCUUACCUCGGACAAUUUCUCAAGGGUGCUACUACUCAAGUGGAUCAGGCAACUCUCCCUGAAGGUGCUGGGCAAAUCUUUGCCAUGUCACAAAAUAUUUCAGAUACUCUAAAGGAGGAUUUGGCUUGGGGAACUUACAUACUGUUGCGCAAUACAAACACCAUAUCCGUGCUUAUAUCAGUUCGAGGUGCAUUAUGUGUACGUGGAUAUUGGAACACACCAGUAGAUUUAUCAAAAGACCAUGUACUUGAUUGGUUUGAGAAGCAGAUUGAGCGGAUUGGCCUCUCUGAUCUGGAGGACACCCUCUAUUUUCCUCAGCGUGCAGAUUCAGAAAUCUGGGAUAUGCUCCCCAAGGGGGUUGGUUCUCUCCUGGUACAACCAGUGCUGCAAUCUCCGAACCGAAGAAACAAUCAAAUGGAGAAGGCUGAGGGAUUUGUCCUGCUAGCUUCUACCAUCAACUAUGCAUAUAGCAUUAGAGACAGAGGCUGGAUAGGAGCUGUUGCUAACAAAUUCAGAGACGAGGGCACUGUUUAAGACAGUUUAUGCAAAUAAAACGAUCACUAAUUCGCACUAGUCCAAUCUCUGAGAUAAAUGGAGAAGUCCAUCUAUUUUGUCUAAUUUUUAUUCAUGCCAAUGUGAAUGGUUGAUUGUGCAUAUGGAAUGUGAAUAUGGGCAUUUGCUAUUUUGGCGCCUUUUUUGCCCUCAUUUUGAAGAUUAAAAAGAGUCACUUCUAUGUUUCAGAAGAGUUCUGCAUCCAAAUUAUUGCUACUGGAAGCCCUAUUAUGUUUCUAGUAUGCUUCCGCAGAAGAGGAGGAAGGAUAAUGAAGAAAGAGUUGUUGCAAAAGAUUAUAUAAUUUCAAUGAGUAAAGUAAAAUUAUUUCUUAAAUAUGAAAAAUAA